ACGUGUCACGGCCGGCCGUAGCCGGGUUAAGCAUAACCUGAAUAGUCUGCUCCCCAGGUGUGUUUGCGUGAGAGAUGCGGUUUGCAAUAGGGAACGAGACGACAUUAAACGCUCUCGUUGGAGCUUUAAAAUAACCUCGGCCUUUUCCCGAGAAUUCAGUUGUUCUCCUUUCACUUUGUUAUGUUUGUGGCGAGUUCAAAGCAGCCGAAGCAUCUGGAUGGGAACCAUAAUCAGUUAUCAAUGUCCCUGAAGAGCAUUAGCCUAGUGUGAUUAGACUGUAGAAGUUCCUUUGACGAGAGCCACACUAAACACACUAAAAGCAUGUCAGUGCGUGAGAGGCACGUCCACUGCCCAGCCAGCCUGGGAGCCAAACUGGCCCAGGAGUUCAACAACAAAGACUUCAGCGACGUCAAGCUGGUUGUCGGAGGAAAGGAGUUCUAUGCCCACCGCAUGCUAUUAGCCAAUCAGAGCGAGAUGUUCCGCAUCAUGUUCAAUGGCUCGCAGUGGGUGGAGUCCACCCAGGAGGAGAUCACCCUGGCUGAGUCCCGGGAAUGCGUGGAGGUGUUUCACGAUUUCCUCCAGUUCUUUUACUCGGCGAGGAUACAUCUCACCACAGAUAACAUUGUUGCUGUAAGAAUACUUGCUGACAAGUACCAGCAUAUUCAGCUGAUUAAGGAAUGCGAUCACUUCGUCACAGAGAUCAUCGCCCAUGACGAGAUUGAUAUUCUGGUCAACUGGCUGGUCAACAUGGCCAACCUCGGUGACAGGAUGGAGCAGCGCUGCCUGAGCAAGCUGCAGCUAGACUUCACCAGGUUGAUGGCCUCGGGGACCUCCCGGGGCCUGCUGACCCUGGAUCUGUUGGCCAAGAUCGUGGAGAGUGCCAACGUGUUGGUGUGCAACGAGCUGAUGAUGUUUAAGCUGGUGGCCCGGUGGAUCCUGGAGCACCGCCAUGCUUCCACCCAGAAGGCCGCCAUCAACAGGCUCCUGCCACUCAUACGCUUUGUGCUCAUGACCUUCGACCAGCUGAGUGCUGUGGAGAGCUCGGAGCUGGGGACCAAAUACCCGGACCUGAUCAUGAAACACACGUUUAUGGCCUACAAGGCCCUGGCCCAGAUGGCCGUCAAGAAGGAAAAAGAGGACACAGACAAGGACAGAGAGGAGGACAGAGAUAAAGUAGACACUGAGCAGGCUUCAAAGGCUAAAGUGUCCAUGAUCCAGCCACGUCUAUACAUGGACAAGCCAUGGGGCAAUGGAUACACCAAGCCCAGUGACACCUUCCUCAGCAGCGAGUUUGACACGGGCAACUUCACCUGCCCCGUGGUGGACCGUGCCCUCCAGUCAUGCCUCAUCACCAAGAUGACAGACAGCUGGCACAUGUGCUACAAGGUGGAGGUUAAGCCCUGCAACGAGUCAGAAGACCAGGUCAUCAACCGGGUCAUGGUCACCCACGACCUCUCCUGCAAAUACCGCAUCAUCCCGGACGACAUCCGCUCCUACGAGCUGGUCGUCCUGACGGGUUACGUCCCCACAGAUGAGGCAGAAGACCCUGACCUUGCGUUCACCACGCUGACCAUCAAGAAGCACCUGGGUAAUGUCAAGCCGCAGGCCCUCAAGACCACCUCACGCCGACGGAUCAAAUUCACCGAGAUUCUCAAGCCGGCGCUACUUGGGGGCAGCAAGUAUGUUUUCUCGGCUGCUGUAUAUUACAAAGAUAGAUAACUUGAUCGAUCGGGGAAAUAGGAGUUUGCUACAACAUGCUUUGAUGACGUUGUAGUACAUGUAUGUUUCCAGGAUUCAGAAUAAUCCUCCCCAAAAUUUGAAAUUUUUCAUGAAGAAUCGGAAUAUUCUCUGUAUUACCAUGAACAAGGAAAAAUCACUAUUGCAUUGUGCAAGAGUCAAGUCCAUGUCGGUGAUGAUUUACACAGUACUGCACAUUCUCAUUGGUUCCAUAAAAUUUUGAUUUCCACAAGAGUUUAUAACUUCUGAAAUUGUCCGCAGUAAUUUUUCAUUGCUGAUUCACUGCAAAAUUCAGUGUGAAAUUCAGCAAAAAAUUCACUGCACGUGGUGCUUCCACACUUGACAUGAUCGUGGUCAAUUUCACAGCAGUGCUUAGUCUUGGAUCCAAACGUUUUUAGCUGUGGUUCCUAGUGAAACCAAGCGUCGCGAUGCGCACAGUGCUAGUUACUAUGUAGCUUGUAGCUAGUUUUCGUCCGUGAACACUUUCUGUAUCACGUCCAUCUUGCGGCUGGUAUGCAUCAAAAGAGGAUACUGCCACAGACGUGGCACACACAAUGUGUACUGCACUGACUUCGGAUAAGUCGUAUUAUGGUACAUGCACAAGAUUACAGGGACAGUUUCCGGUAAUACAUAGGCAUGUCAAAAUUGCGAUUUGGCAGAGAUUUUAGGGGUGAAAUCGGGUGAAAAUGCAGACAUUUUCUGCCAAAAUCGGGAAGGUUGGGAGGUCUGUGUUUCUGAAGGUAAAAAAAUCUUUCAUCAGAAUCACUAAAUAAAAAAAAGUAAGGCCAGGUUUUUAAAGUUUUUUUUAAGUGUCAGAAUCACUUGGGUGCAGCCUGAAAUUACACAAGACUCUAUGAGAACUGGCUUGGGUCAUUAUGCCAUUAAUAUAGACUCAAGCUUAAUACAUGUAUCUGGCUGCAGCCAAGUAAUUCGGACAUGGCCUCGGUAAAAAUUUUCAAAACACAAUGGUAAAAUCUUCAGAAAUUUAUCCUCUCUCCCAUAAAAUCUCAAAUCCUAUGCUUAAAUAAUUCCACUGUGGUAAUGAGCCGGCCAGUUUAAGUAAGAGGUAGAUAUUGUCCUCCAUUGCUGCUAAAUAAUUUAGUUUUAUAGCUUGCCCCUUUUGAAAAGAAAAUUCAAUACCAACAUUGCCAACACAUUUAGAUGGCUUGUGUGAGUGAUUUUCUAAACAUUUUGUAAUUUCUUAACUGAUUUUAGGCAUAGUCGGGUUAAUGUUGAAGCUUUUUAAUGAUAAUGUGGUGUUCAUUCUUAUGAACUGUUGCAUCAAGAAUAAGUAAGAUGUUCACUUAAUCUGAAAAUGUUUAAAUACAGAGAAGCGAGAUCCAAAUUUUUACCCUUUUCCAGAGAGGUAAGCAUUUUGAAAUUAAAAUUUAGACAGAAGUUUUGGAAAUACAACGGUGUGUUUCACCCCAGACAUUAUACCAAAAUCCAGACAAAGAAAUAGAUACAAAUUAAAAGAAAUACCAGAACUGUUAAAUGGUAUUGCAAAAUUAAUUGUACAUCUUUCAAUAACCAUUUGAAACUUGAAAUGUUUUGUGGACAGCAACCCAUACUAGAAGUAUCAUUGGUCGUGCCAAGUCCAGGUGUAUGCGAAUGCAGUCCAUUCUAGACUACUCCAGAAAUUGAAACGUGCAUGACACAUUUUGCCUGGGGUUUUCAGAGUUCUUAUAAAGUGGUACAUGCUCAUGUAUGGAUGUAAAUUGUUCCUUGAUGGGUUGACCAUGUCGUGGGCAUCAGUGGUACUGUGUAACUGCUCCACCCCGAGCAGAACACAAUACAGGCAUUGAUGGGGUUUUCGAUGAAUAGACCUGUCAAAUAAUGUCAUGCAUGUGUGCUUUCCUAUGGUAGUAAGAUGAGACGCAAUCCGUUUAAGUCCCCUAGGAAAAGGCACAAAGCAUGACAGCAUAAUGUUUUAGGCUUACAGCAUUAAAUUGGUAAUGGUUUUAUUUUGCAUACGCACCCUCAAAUCGUACUACUGUUGUAACAAAGGGCUUCAGAGCAUGCAGUGCCAUUUUGCCAUGCCACUAGUAAAAUGUGCACUAAUUUCUACUGUACAGAUUUGUAAAUAUUUUUGUACUCAAUAUCAUUUUGGCUGCUAUUUUUCAUGUUUCCAAUCUUUCCAGUAGAUUUUAUCAAUACAAAUUUAAAAGAGAUGUUACUUGACGAUUUAUCGUCCGAAGCACGUGUGGCAUUUUCUGUCACACAGCAACGUCAUUUUAUGCAGAUCUAUUUGUAUAAAUGUUCUGUAUUUACUUGUCCGUACCAUGCCUGUCAAUACUGAAAGGAAAAUUUAUGUGUAUCUGCAUGCUGUAUUUUCUUAGAUUUUAGACCAAUUUUACAGUUUGGCAAAUGUAUUUAAAUGGUUCAUCUUGUCAGUGUAAAUCAUAGAAUGAUCCUGUAUUAUAUGAAAUAAAUGAACAUGUUCCGUGUUUUCAGA